AAUACCUUUUCUCAAUGACUUCAAACAUUAGACACUGAUUCUUGUAGCCCAAUAAAGAAGAGUCAUAAUUUUACUUCCUCUGAGUAUGGCACACCAGUGUUAAAAAACAAGAAGCAUAUCAGAAGUGGAUUCUCAAGUUAUGACAUGAAAACCAUAGAGUAAUAAAAGAGGAAAAAGUAUUCCAACAACCACUCUUUUCAUUAUUUUCAGGAACUGGAGCCAAAUAGAACUUGAAUGCAACAAGACAAAAGAAAUGUUUUGUGAAGAAUUUAAAGAACGAGCUUCAGUUGUGUGUAAGAAUCCAGAUUCAAGCAACAACUCAGGAUUGCACAACAAGACUUAUGAGUGGAAGACAGCUCCAUCAUACACAUGUCACGCUUUCCUUCUCAUUUCACUAUUCCUUCAAGUAUUUUUUGAGAUAAACAGAGCAAAGAAGCUGCAGUGGCAUUAUCUCCAUAGCAAUUUUAUUUUUGUACGACUGCCAAGUUUAGUGCUAACAACAAUAGUGGUCAUUCCGACCUGCUCCUGCGAGUUUUUGCUUGGUAUUAAGAUGGUACCUAUCUGGCAGUGUGGCAUCUUGGCUCUUCUCUUGACAUGGACCCAGCUCUUACAAAUUGUUAAUAAGCUGCCACAGUUUACACUUUUCACAAUUACCACAUGGGAUUUCAUCAAAUAUUAUUUCAAAGGUUUGAUUUACAUUAUAAUGGUAAUAUUACUUUUUGGGUUGAUCUUUCAUAUGCUCUUACAUAAUCAGUCAGCUUUUUCAACAAUGCCACAAUCAGUUGUUAAGACAGUAGUUUGGAUGUUGGGAGACCUCGCGUAUGAUGACACUUUCGUCAGUGGAAAACCUCCUUAUCCUAUCCUUGUGAAUGUACUCUUCCUGGUUUUUAUCUGCACAGUUGCAGCCUUCAUUGUUAUAUUAUUGAAAGCUCCAUCAUCAAAUGAAAAUGAAGCUACAUUAUAUAAGAAAGCAGGACAGGUUAAUUUUCUUUUAAAUCUUGAUGUAUACUUUCCAUUUUUGAAAAGAAAAUAUGCUGUUGGAAAGUACAACAGUAAGGAUGCAAAGCCUUGGAUAAUAACAAAGAUGAAAUAUGUUCUGAAACCUAAAGAAUCAUUGAUAGCAAGUAAAUUAUCUGAGCACCUUGACAAUGCAGCUCUAAUGAAUAUUAAUAAAUACAGAGACAAUAAUAAACACUAUAUUCAAUUAAAAAUUGAGGAGCUUUUUAAUUUGUUUAAUGAUUAUGCUGAUGAAGGUGAAAACUUUUUACUGCCUGAUCCUCAACAGGAUCACUUAAACACACACACAAAAAAGCUUGACCAAUUACUUACUCUUUGUCAACAGUUAAAUGAAAAUUAUCAGAAGCAGAAUGAACAGUUAUUAGAGCUUAAACAACAGUUAGAUAACAUGAAGCAAGGCUCAAGAAACAGAUUGUAUUAAUGUUGGCAGAAUUACCCACAAGGUUAGUGAAAGGACAAGUGCAACUAAUGUGACAUUUUAUCGUGGCAAUGUUAUGCUCUCCAGGAGCUUUGUCAAGAUACAGAUUGUCCCAACAGCAGUUGGGAGAAAUUAGUUAUAUACAGUAGGGGCCUGCUUUACAGCGUUUCACCUUACGGCAUUCUGCUAAUAUAGUGAUUUCAAAUUAUGACCAAAAUUCGCUGUACAGUACCUUGUCUUUCUAAUACAGCACAUACCACCCAGUUUGUUUACAUUCUCCGUGAGCACAUCUCUCUAUUAUGUCUGGAAACUUUCCAAAAUUUCAAGUGUUUUAAAGUUAUUGCAUAUUUUAUAUGUGCUCUGAUGAUAAUACUUGUGUACCUGUACCUAAAUAUGCUUACAAGAUGUGUUGGCAUGCAGGUACACAUUAAAAUCACUAAGAGUGUCCCUCUAGUCUUAAUGCCAUAGUAAUACUAAUGGUAUGUAAUAAUAAUCACUCUUGGGCACAUUAAAUGUCUUAUUUUACAUUAAUAGAGACAUUUUCAUUAAUCUAUGACAUUUUCUUCAAAAUUAUAUAAGAAACACGUUACAUAGCAUAUAAACAUGUUGUGUUUAUAUGCUGUGGAGGUGUGAUAGACGGGCGGAGGGAAAAGCAUUACGUUUUCUCUGGUCCAGCACCAGAGAAAACGUGUAUGAAUCUGCGUGUGACCCAGUCAGUCCCCUUAACAUGGCGUGAAUUAUUCAUUACUUCUCCCUUCGUUUAUGAUGGCAUCUAAAGGUAGUUGUUAGAAACGAUUAAAUUCAGUGAACAAGGUAUGUUGAUGGUAAUAAUAUGGCUCUGGGCCGCAGUGUAGAUAGCCGGCUACCUACACUGACUUCCUACACACAAAUUCUAUUCACCUCUCAUCCAACAUUAAGACUAUACAUAUUUUAAGGUAAGUAACGAGUGUACUGUAUGUUUAUUUUCUCUCUCUGGGCUGCUUUAAAUAAUAUUUUUGUUUUUAUUAACACAUUGGCCAAUUCCCACCAAGGCAGUGGCCUUAAAAAGAAAAGCUUUCAUCUUCAUUCACUCCAUCACUGUCUUGCCAGAGGGGUGCUUUACACUACAGUUAUAAAACUGCAACAUUAACACCCCUCCUUCAGAGUGCAGACACUGUACUCCUCAUCUCCAGGACUCAAGUCUGGCCUGCCGGUUUCCCUGAAUCCCUUCAAAUAUGUUACUUUGCUCACAAUACAACAGCACGUCAAGUAUUAAAGACCAUUUGUCUCCAUUCACUCCUAUCAAAUACGCUCACGAAUGCUUGCUGGAAGUCCAAGCCCCUUGCACACAAAGCCUCCUUUACCCCCUCCCUCCAACCAUUCCUAGGCCAACCCCUACCCCACCUUCCCUCCACUACAGAUUUAUACACUCUCAAAGUCAUUCUUUUUUGUUCCAUUCUUUCUACAUGUCCGAACCACCUCAACAACCCCUCCUCAGCCCUCUGGAUAAUAGUUUUGGUAAUCCUGCACCUUCUCCUAAUUUCCAAACUAGGGAUUCUCUGCAUUAUAUUCACACCACACAUUGCCCUCAGACAUGACAUCUCCACUGCCUCAAGCCUUCUCCUCAUUGCAAAAUUCAUCACCCAUGUUUCACACCCAUAUAGGAGUGUUGGUAUAAUUAUACCCUCAUACAUUCCCUCUUUGCUUUCACAGAUAAAGUUCUUUGUCUCUACAGACUCCUAAGUGCACCACUCACCCUUUUCCCCUCAUCAGUUUUGUGAUUCACCUCAUCCUUUAUAGACCCAUCUGCUGAUAUGUUCACUCCUAAAUAUCUGAAUACAUCCACCUCCUCCAUACUCUCUCUCUCCAAUCUGAUAUCCAAUCUCUCAUCCCCUAAUCUUUUUGUUAUCUUCAUCACCUUACUCUUUCCUAUAUUCACUUUUAAUUUUCUUUUACAUACCCUACCAAAUUCAUCCACCAAUCUCAGCAACUUCUCAUCAGAAUCUCCCAAAAGCACAGUGUCAUCAGCAAAGAGCAACUGUGACAACUCCCACUUUGUGUUUGAUUCUUUAUCUUUUAACUGCACACCUCUUGCCAAGACCCUUAUAUUCACUUCUCUUACAACCCCAUCUAUACAUACAGUGGACCCUCGAUAAUCGUAAGGCUCGAUAGUCAUAAUUUUUGAAAAUCCUAACAUUAUUUUCGUCUAAACAUUGGCUCAGGAAUCAUCGUUUGACUCGCAAAUAGUCGCUCAUCCCAGACGCGUACACAUGACUCAGAGCCGCCUAGCCCUCCCUUCCCAGCCAGUGUGCCAUUGUUUACCAGUGAGUGACGGUCCCCUCACUUGUUCAUAUGAAAUAUUUCACAAUAUUCCAUUCAUUUAAGUGCUUACAACUGCUAAGUAUGCUACCAUGGCUCCAAAGAAAGCUCCUAGUGCCAGGCCUUUGGUAAAGAAGGAGAGAAAUAUGAUUGAAUUCAAGAAAAACAUCAUUGAACAAUAUGAAAGUGGCGUACGUGUGGCCAAACUGGCCAGGAUGUAUAAGAAACCCCAUAGAACCAUAGCUUCCAUCGUGACCAAGAAAAAGGAACAAGGAAGCUGUUGUUGCAAAGGGAGUAAAUAUUAUGCAGUCGCUUAUUUGUGAAAAGGCUAGGCAGUUGCAUGACGAUCUCGUAAAGAAAUUGCCUGCAACAAGUACUGAUAUUUGUGAAUUUAAGGCCAGCAAAGGCUGGUUUGAGAGAUUUAAGAACCAUAGUGGCAUACACAGUGUGAUAAGGCAUGGCGAGGCUGCCAGUUCGGACAAAAUUGCAGCUACAAAAUUCGUAAGUGAAUUCAAGGAGUACAUAGAGGCUGAAGGAUUGAAACCUGAACAAGUGUUCAUUUGUGAUGAAACAGGCCUCUUUUGGAAGAAAAUGCCAAAGAAGGCCUACAUUACUCAGGAGGAAAAGGGACUGCCAGGACACAAGCCUAUGAAAGAUAGGCUGAUGCUCAUGUUCUGUGCUAAUGCUAGUGGGGAUUUCAAAGUGAAGCUGUUACUAGUGUACCAUUCUGAAAAUUCCAGAGUGUUCAGGAAAAACAAUGUUAUGAAGAGUAAAUUGUGUGUGUUUUGGACAGCUAAUAAUAAGGCAUGGGUCACGAGGGAAAUUUUCGUCGAGUGGUUCAGUGAAGUGUUGGGCCCUAGUGUGAAGAAUUACCUCCUGGAAAAGAAAUUGGAUCUCAAGUGCCGCCUGCUAAUGGACAAUGCACCUGCUCAUCCUCCAAACUUGGAUGACCUAAUUCUAGAGGAGUUGGGUUCAUCACAGUAAAGUUCUUGCCCCCUAAUACCACUCCUCUCCUCCAGCUCAUAGACCAGCAGAUCAUUUCAAACUUUAAAAAACUCAUCAUCAAAGCAAUGUUUCAAAGGUGCUUUAAUGUGACCUCAGACACUCACUUGACCCUAAGAGAGUUUUGGAAAGGUCACUUCAGUAUCCUCCAUUGCAUAAGCCUUAUAGGUAAGGCUUGGGAAGGAGUGACUCCCAGGACUUUGAACCCUGCUUUGAGAAAAUUGUGGCCAGAUUGUGUCCACAAGAGGGAUUUUGAAGGGUUUGGGGCAGAUCCUGAUGAGCCUAUGACAUUUGUGAAAUCUAUUGUGGCAUUGGGGAGUUCCAUGGGGUUGGAUGUGAGUUUGGAGCAUGUGGAAGAGUUGGUGGAGGACCACAACGAAGAGCUAACCACUGAGGAGCUGCAGGAGCCAGCAGGAACAGCAACAGACUGCAGCUCAGAAUAUUGCUGCAGAGGAGGAGGAAGAGAGAUGGAAGAAGUUGCCUUCUUCAGAAAUUAAGGAGAUUUUUGAAAUGUUGGGUAGGAUGGAAAGAUUUAUGUUGAAACAUCACCCUGACAAGGCUGUUGCAAGCCAUGUUGGCAACUUGUACAGUGACAAAGUCUUGGCUCAUUUUAGGGAAGUUUUAAAGAGAUGCCAGAAACAGAGCUCUCUGGACAAGUGCCACAGGUAUACAGUGACUCUCAAGCUGGUCCUAGUGGCAUUAAGAAACAGAGAAGAGAAGUAACCCCAGAAAAGGACUUGGUACCUGAGGUGUUGAUGGAAAGGGGUUCCCCUUCCAAACAGUAACUAAUUCAAUCUCUCCUCCUCCAGUCUUCCAUACACUAAGAAGAAUCGCUAAUAACGGUAAGUGUUAUGCUGUUAAUGUUUCAUUCAUCAUGUCCCAUUGUAUUUCAUGUAAAUUUUUUUUUUGUUUUAAUACUUCUGGGUGUCUGGAACAGAUUAAUUGUAUUUAAAUUAUUUCUUAUGGGGAAAAUGGAUUCGAAUAUCAUCAAUUUUGAUAACAGUCACACUUCCAGGAAUAGAUUACAGUGGACUCCCAAGUUUCGUGAUUAAUCCGUUCCAGAGAGCCCGCCGAAGGUCGAAAUUCACGAAACUCAAAACCAUUUUCCCCAUAAGAAAUAAUGGAAAUAAAAUUAAUCCAUUACUUGAGUCCUGGAGAUGGGAAGUACAGUGCCUGCACUCUGAAGGAGGGGUGUUAAUGUUGCAGUUUAAAAACUGUAGUGUAAAGCACCCUUCUGGCAAGACAGUGAUGGAGUGAAUGAUGGUGAAAGUUUUUCUUUUUCGGGCCACCCUGCCUUGGUGGGAAUCGGCCAGUGUGAUAAAAAAAAAAAAUUCAAAUUAGAUAAAGAUUUACAUAAUGAAAACAAUCAGAAAUCAAGUACAUGCAUUUAAAAUAAAUAAUAAUAACAUUACACUUGGCUUUACUGAAGACUUCUGGGCGGAUGGAAGACAGGAGGUGAUAGGAGGAAGGUGUACACUAUUGUUUGGAAGGAGAAUCUCCUUCCAUUAGGACUUUAGGUAGCAAGUCCUUAUCUGGGGUUACUUCCCUUCUUUUAAUGCCACUGGGAACAACUUGAGUCACUGGACCCCUGGCACACACAAUAUCUAUCCAGAGAGGUCUUUUUCUGGCGUUUCUUUAAGAUUUCCCUGAAGUGGGACACAACGCUGUCAUUGUACAUGUUGCAGAUACGGCUUGUUUCAGCUUGGUCAGGGUGAUACUUUUCAACAAAACUUUGCAACUCAUUCCACAUUCCACACAUGUCCUUAAUCACUGAAGAAGGCACCUCAUCCACUCCCUCUUCCUCCUCCUCUGAAGCAAGUUCCUCGGCUGUGGUCUGAUGCUGUUCCAGUUGAAGCUCUUGCAGUUCGUCAGUGGUUAGCUCUUCCCUGUGGUCCUCCACCAACUCUUCCACAUCCCCGUCACUCACUUUAUUUACCAAAGGGCUUGCACAACUUUCCUUUGGUCCAUGAUGACUUAUUUAGCAGUUGCAAGCACAAAAAACAAUGGAUUAUUAUGAAACGUAUUGUAUGAACCCGUGGGGUGAUGGUCACGUGUUGGUAAACAAUGGCACACUGAGCGUGAAUGGCAUGGGAGACUGGCUUUGUGUGCGCGGUGACGGACGGACGGGUAUCAGACAGUCGCCGAAACACGAGUUUUUUCAUGAAACUCUAGGCCAAUUUUUUCCAAAAAAAACUCGCCGAAGGUCGAAUUUCGCGAAAGUCAAGGCUGCCGAAACUCGGGGGGUCCACUGUAUUAUUAUUAUUAUAAUCAAAAAGAAUAGGAAUGGAUUAAUUACGCAAAACGAGGGCCCACUGUAUAUUGAACAACCACGGUGACAUGACACAUCCUUGUCUAAGGCCUACUUUUACUGGAAAAUAAUCUCCCUCUCUGCUACAUACUCUAACCUGAGCCUCACUAUCCUCGUAAAAACUCUUCACUGCUUUCAGUAACCUACCUCCUGUACCAUGCACCUGCAACAUCUGCCACAUUGCCACCUUAUCUACCCUAUCGUAUGCCUUUUCUGAAUCCAUAAAUGCUACAAAAACCUCUUUAGCCUUAUAUAAAUACUGUUCACCUAUAUGUUUCACUGGAAAUACUUGGUCUACACACCCCCUACCUUUCCUAAAGCCUCCUUGUUCAUCUGCUAUCCUACUCUCUGUCUUACUCUUAAUUCUUUCAAUAAUAACUCUACCAUACACUUUACCAGGUAUACUCAACAGACUUCUUUUCUUUCAACAAACUGGUCAUAUCCCACCGAAGCAGGUUGGCCCAAAAAGAAAAACAAAAGUUUCUCUUUUUAAUUUUAGUAAUGUAUACAGGAGAAGGGGUUACUAGCCCCUUGCUCCCGGCAUUUUAGUCACCUCUUACGACACGCAUGGCUCACGGAGGAAGAAUUCUGCUCCACUUCCCCAUAGAAAACUCAACAGACUUAUUCUCCUAUAAUUUUUUGCACUCUCUUUUGUCCCCUUUGCCUUUAUACAAAGGAACUAUGUAUGCUUUAAAUAUUGUAUAUUAAGUUUGGGACAGGGAGCCAGGGCUGACUUCCUACAAAUUAGUACUACUCACCUCUUGUCCUACUUUAAUAAGACUACAAAUAUUUUAAGGUAAGUAAUGAAUGUAUCCUGUGUAUGUACAUACUUUACUUUUUAUUGUGUUUUUUAAUGCCUUGUUCUAUUACUAACUUUAUACAUGUAUAAGUUAGGGUAAACUUGUUGUCUGGCAUUUAUGUGCAUUUAUAAAUGGAGAAAAAUUGUGUCCUCCUUUCUGGUGAUAUCUGCUUUCCAGCGAUGUCUGCCUUCUGGCGAAAGCUUGGAACCUAACCUGCCAUAUAAGUAGGGCCUUACUGUAUAAACUUCAGCUUAACUUAAUUACCUCCAUUUAUCUAAACUACCUACUGUUUUUCUUAUUUUGUCUUACAGUUAGUGGAGAGGUGCUUGUGAAGGAAACUUACUGUGUUUCUUGGUUCAUUUAAAUACUCAGUGUAUGUAAUGUAUAUAUUAUUAUUAUAAUCAAAAAGAAGUGCUAAACCCAAUAGGGUCAUACAGCAUUGCAGC